AUGAAUCGUCAGCCUACAACGGCGUCACGGUGCACAACUACAAGACCGACCCGUCUUGCAAAACUCGAAGUCGACCAGUCCGCCGCCUCCUCAGACCAUCUUGAAAUGUCAACAUUCGGACCUGCUGCUCCCGCCCCCCGAAUCGGUAACGCCCAGGUGUUUUUCCACCUGGGCCACACGGGCCUCGAGGUCGUGCCCAAGCCGUUCCCGGCAUGCGUCUCGCCCGGCAAGGGCGUCAUCGUCAGAGAAGGCCAUUUGCACGGGCCGUGGACCUGCGUUCGACAGCCGUAUCACAGCGAUAUCGAACGCUUCUGCCACGAGGACAACGACGGCGACAAAAUACCGCGAACUGUCACAUUCCCCGCUGAACCCAGCGCCGGUAUCCCCGAGCACAAGAUCCGGAUCGUGGGCUCGCGGGUGAUUGAGUUCUCAGUGCUCGAAGCCGUGGUGGAGCCAGCUCGCUUCGUGCGACUCAAAGUGAAGGCCUUGAUCGCCGCGGCAAACGACGAGUUCUGUCCCACGGGUGACACUGUUGGCGUGCCCAUCUGGAUCGGCGUCGACGAGGGUGGCCCCGAGAACAUCUUCCGCGCGGUACAUGGGACACACGGGGACGGGCCUUGGGAGGUCAGGUGUGAUGGCGGAGCUGUUGUGAGGUUUUAG